AUGAUGGGCGGCGAAUACAACGCGCUGGCCAUCAAGAACCGCAUUGCCCGCAUCAAGCUGAAGGCAAAGGCGCCCAGCAGUGACACGGAGACCCCGGCGAAUACUCCACAGAAACCAAAGACAGCCAGACCAGCAGGAGAGAAGAAACGCAAGGUCAAGGAUGAAACUGAGACUGAGCAAAGCGAGGCUGCCGACAAGCAGGCUCCGAAGAAAGGCAGAAGAGCCGUCAAGACUGAGGUCAAGGACGAAGUCAAGGAGGAAGAUGCUUGCUGA